AUGGCCCCCAUCAGAGUAGGCAUCAUCGGACUCUCCGCAAAGGAGGCAGUCAUGGGCCCAGGCGCCUGGGCCUCCAUCGCCAUCCUCCCCUCCUUCAAGAACUCGCUACACUACGAGAUUGUUGCCCUCUGCAACUCGUCCGCGGAAGCAGCCCGCCGCUCCAUCGAGAUGCAUAAGCUUCCGAGCACGACCAAAGCAUACGGCGACGUCGAGCAGCUGGCCAGCGACCCGGAUGUGGACCUCGUCGUCGUAAGCGUCGUCGUGACCAAGCACCUCGCCGUCACCCUCCCCGCGCUCGCCAACAGGAAGCAAGUCUUUGUCGAGUGGCCCCUUGGCGCCUCGGCGCAGGAGGCGGAACAGCUCACGCAGCUGGCCAAGUCAGACGGACUCAAGACCAUUGUUGGUCUCCAAGGUCGCUCUGACGCUCUCACUCUCAAGCUGAGGGAGAUCAUUCAGAGUGGGGAGAUUGGUGAGAUCAAUCACACUUCUGUCGUCGGCACUCUCCCAUACUUUCCUCCCAACUUCUGGGUGGAGGGCGCGGAGUACUACCUCGAUAUCAAAACCGGAGGUAACGCAUUCCACAUCGGCUUUGGGCAUUUCUUGGACUCAUUCACAAACGUUGUUGGCGACUUCGAUCUCAGCAGCCUGUCGUCAGUUCUAAAGAGCGACGUCGACUCCGUCCCCCUAUACAAAGCCGACAGAAGCAGCGUGAUCGAUCCAGCGUACCCAAAGUCCUCUCCCGACCACAUCUUGGUCCAAGGCGUGCUGCAAAACGGGGCAGUGGCCUCGAUUGCCUGCCGAACCACCCCGGUCACGGUCGGUGAGGUCGGUGCUCGCUGGAUCAUCAGCGGCACCAAGGGGGAAAUCGAGGCCGUCUGGGACGGAGGCCAGUGGCAGAUCCACAGCCCCAGCAAGCAACUCAAGUACAAGUUAGUCGGAGGAGAAGAACAAAAGGUCAUUCUCGAGACCGGCAAGCUCCCUGACGGAGUCGAGGUUUCGGCCGCGGGGCUGAACACGCUCCUCAUUUUUGACGCCUACGCCAAAGGCGAUACUUCACGGUAUGCGGACUUUGAGACAGCUCUGAAGAACCAUGUGCUUUUGGAGACGAUUUUGAAGAAGUCGGGACCAGCCGCCGGUGGACCGCAGCAAAAGUUCGGCACCGACGCCGACGCCGGCGUUGACGCCCGAAACGUGGAUCCCGUGACAAAUCUCCUCCGAAGAUCUGACUCGGAGCAGCUGCCGAGACUUCACGACUUCACUCACAGCGCCCAACAAAUCACAGUUGGCGGUUUUUCAUACUUGAGAUUCCGAUUGAAAGUAAUUGUGUUUUCUCGUCCCGUAGGAUACCAAAUCAAAGUAAGACAGACGUCUGUCACCCAAAAUGAGAGAAGAAGACUUGCAAGGUCAGCCCAACAUCCCCAACAACACGUGGUUCAUAGACUUACACCCGAAACAGGAUCCGGGGGCGCGAUCGCCAGUGCGCCAGGAGGAGCAACACCUCCAAAGGCAGACAAACCCAAACACAUCGCCAUCCUAGACACCGACGUAAUGGUCACAGCCGUCCAAACCCUCUACGGACAAUACUACAGCGCCCAAUACAUCAAACGCCUCACCGCCGCCGCAACCCGCAUCGGAGCCUCCCACCUCGCCACCUUCACGACCUGGGACGUCGUCGCAGGCCACUACCCGAACCCAGCCGACGUCGACGCCAUCCUCAUCACGGGCUCCAUCGCCGCCGCCUACGACACGGACCCCUGGGUGCUCCGCCUCGGCGACUUCAUCCGGCGCGUCUACGAGCACCACCCCAACGUCCGCAUCUUUGGCACCUGCUUCGGCCACCAGCUCAUCGGCAAAGUCCUCCUCGAGCCCCACGGCGCCGUCGUGGAAAAGGACCCCAACGGCUACGAGUUUGGCGUCCAGACCAUCUCGUUGAACCCGAACCUCGUAGAGGACUUUCCCUGCCUGGCCGCUCUUGCGCCCACGACAAGAACGACAGAGUCAGAACAGGACGCCGGCUCUUCAUCACCACCACCCCCUCACGGUCUCCGGCUACAAAUGUGCCACGGCGACCACGUAGCCCUCGCCCCGCCACCGAACCCACCUCUUCCAGGAACCUGGCAAAACAUCGGCGGCAGCGCGCACUGCAGGGUCCAGGGCCUGUACGAGCCCUCUCGCGUCCUCACGAUCCAGCCCCAUUUCGAGUGCGACCAGGUCAUCAUGGAAGAGACCAUUAAGCACUUUUACACGCCCGCCAAGGGGUUCUCGCCAGAGUUUCUGCAGCGGGCGUUUGACGCGACGAGGAGGGAGGACGACGCGGGUGUUGCUGCGGAGUGGGUGUUUCGAUUCUUGGUUGGUAUCUGA